ACUCAAUGUGGGCUUCCGUGAGCAGCAGCAGCAAGGAAACUAUAGAGCCAAAUUAUACAAGCAUAGAGCAGCUCUUUUGCUUUCCACAAGCAACCCCCAAAGAGAAAACGGCUGCACCAGUGAAGGCAGAACCGAAGGAGCUCCAACGAAGAGGUGGCUGCCAUGGUCCAGAAUGGGGACCGGACCAAGUUUGAUGUUGAGGUUCUGAAGCAGUUGCUGAAGCUUCUGCCUGAAAAGCAUGAGAUAGAAAACCUGAAGGCCUUCAAAGAAGAGAAAUCAAAACUAGCAAAUGCAGAUCAGUUUUAUCUUCUCCUCCUUCAGAUUCCAAGCUACCAGCUGCGCAUUGAAUGUAUGCUGAUCUGUGAAGAGACCACUGUUGUGCUGGACAUGAUUCAGCCGAAAGCUGAAGCCAUUCGGAGAGCCUGUGAAGAUCUUCUGAACAGUCAUCGCCUGCCGCUCUUUUGUCAACUGAUUCUCAAAGUUGGAAACUUCCUGAACUAUGGAAGUCACACGGGCGAUGCUGAUGGGUUUAAAAUCAGCACUUUACUCAAACUAACAGAAACCAAAGCAAACCAAACCCGCAUUACACUGCUGCACCACAUUCUGGAGGAAGUAGAAAACAGCCACAAGGACCUACUGGAACUGCCAAAGGAUCUUGAAUAUGUUUCAAAAGCAGCAGGAAUUAAUCUUGAUAUUAUACGCACGGAGUCCAGUACCAAUUUAAAGAAGUUGCUGGAGCUUCAGCGAAAAGUCUUAUCAUCAAACGACGAUGUGAAACAACAGUAUGAGAAACCUAUCCAGGAUAGCAUUGAUGCCUCCAGAAAGCUAGAAGAAGAAUUUGAAACCAUUGAAAGGAAGAGAGAAGAACUUGCAAAUUAUCUUUGUGAAGACCCAAGCAAGUUGUCAUUAGAGGACAUAUUUAACACCAUGAAGACCUUCAGAGACCUCUUCCUCCGAGUCCUAAAGGAGAACAAGGACAGAAAGGAGCAAGCUGCCAAAGCAGAGAAGAGAAAGAAACAGCUGGAAGAGGAAGAAGGGAAAAGACAGAAGGGAGAAAAUGGAAAAGUCAUUAAGAAGGGGGUGGUGAAGCAGGAGGAGGUGUGUGUCAUCGAUGCGCUGCUAGCUGACAUAAGGAAAGGGUUCACGCUGAGAAAGACAAAGAACAGACACGAGUUGGAUGCAAAUCCUAAAGCCUUACCUGCAGAGGGCCCGAAGGAGAGCCAGUCUGGAAACGGCAUUAAGGAUCCACAAGCAUCAGGAAAGGAGAUGGAUGAUAAGACCAAGGAAAACAAGGAUGGUCAUCCCUCAGAAAGCACUUCCCCAUCAAACACUGCCUUGAUGGAGGUGGGUGGAGACGUUACAGAUGCUUCAGCUUCAAACCAGGCGUUAUCUAAACACAGUGCUGGAGAUUUGCCACCAGAGACCCAGAUGGAAAGCCCCUCAGUAAGCUUGGUAGAAGCUGAUGGGGCCAGUCAGCCCAUGCCAGGCACUGGGAUGAAGCAGGCAGACAGCUGGGCAAGCCUCCAGCCAAGCACAAAGGGCGGCUCCAUUGCCUUCUCUACUGCUAACAUGGGCACAGGGAUAACGUUUGUGAACAGUAGUUCCGCCACUGCUCCGAGAAACCAACACAGAUGGACCAGCGGGGCCAUCUCAGAAGGCCAGGACAAGGAAUGCCCAGCUGAUGGCUUGGAGUGCUACGGGCUGGUGCAGGAGCCAGAAACCCAGCUGAACAAGAGCGGGGUUGACCCUGGCAGCACUCAGUCUGCUCUCUGUGGGUCUCAUCAAGCAGAGUCAAAAGAGAUGGUGAAGGAAAAUGAAGACCCUGGUGCAGACUCACUGUUGGAUAUGUCUCAAGAGAAGUCCUUCUCGGAGGAGCCAGCCACUGACUCUUCUUGUUCAGCAACACUUCCUCCAGAGCAAACUCACACCGACAGGGAAAAGCAGAGGUCAUCUGGGAAAAGGAGGAAGAAGAAGAGGCACAGCAAAAGCUAUUCAGCAGAGGUUGAGACUGAUACUGGAGAUAAUAAAACAAAAAAAGGUUGUGUGGUACAAUGAGGUGUCACAACAAGGCAGAAGAAAUAACAGAGACCUAGUGAACCACUCACGUGUUCUAAGAGCGCUGCCAGCUUUUCAGAAGCCAGGUUCUGCAUCGCCAAAACGCCACCGUUGUCACCUGCCCAAUAGGACUCACUGCUUCUCUUCGUGCAACCUUUUGCUCCCUCCCCAAGACCCAGAGAGCCUCCCUGGAGACUUUGGACCCCUCGCCUCAUGUCUCAUGCUGGGCACUCCCGGGGCUGGGGGGCCAGUUCUGUGCACUGUGACAUGAAAGGGUCAGAGCUCUCAUCUGCUGCCCUGGAAACCAAAUCUUUCAACCUGCUCUUAGGCCAAACUCCACUUGAAACAACAGCUGACUGUGGCCCAAGAAAGGACCUCAGUGUUUAGUCCUCAGAGAAAUCUUAAAAAUAGCAGUGCCUCAACUAAAGUAGGGUAUAAAUUAAGCAGUGUCUGUACCAUCACAGGUGGAAGCAUGUUAACUUCCUCUUCUCAUCACCCACUGACAAUUUAUAUAGGACCAGAUCCAAGACCCAGAUCGGACAAAAUUAUUUUUACUCUCAAUCAUUUAAACCCAGGGAAAUUGGUUACAGGAGAAAAAAAAAAAAGUGUAUUUUGGUAAACAUAUGGCCAUAUGAACAGUGUCUGGUUCUACAUGAUGCUUAUGUGCAAGUAAGUUGAAGCACAUCAGUAGUCUUGCAGUAUUCUUAAACACACAGAUGCAUCCAUGAACUUUCAGAGAUCCAGGGCCCCAGUUCCUCUUAUUAAAGCAACAGAGGUUUUCCAGAGUGCUUUAUCAGACACAUUUCAGCUCAUCCUUUGGUAGAUCUCUGGGUUUGAAUUCUGUUGUCAGCUGCUUGCACUCGAUAUUCUUCAUGUCCAAGCUGUAGAAUGUGUAGAUUCAUGUUACUUUUGCUUUAAAACUGGGAAUGUGCAGUAUUGUGUUUUCAAAAUUCAGAGAUUUAUUAAGUUUUGUAAUAACAUUGUAUCAUAGUUUUGUACAUAGCUGUCAGUUUAAAAUUAUCCAUGUUUUGAAUCUAUAGUGUGAUACUGUGCUGAAACAUGAAUCAAGUGGAAGAGCUGGAUACAUUUAAGAACUAUGCCUUUAUAUGGUAACUCACUGUGGCUAGACUAAUGUUCAGGCUAAAGCUUAUUUUGCUUUGCUUAACAGGAAUUAUUCUUGUAAAAACUUUUCUGGACUAAGUUGGAAGUUAAAUCAAGAAUUAAAUCACUGGUUUAUUUUAACCAAAGCAUUGGCAUUAGCAUAUUGAGAAUCGGUAAACAAAGCAGAGAUGCGCUGAGAGCAGGCACAUGGGCAGCUUCAGUUCAGGAGACCCCACAGAGUGGCACAGCCCUUUGUCAACUGAAAUUCCAUUCCCAGCUGGCAGAAGCAGGCAGAGCCCCACCAUUUCCUGGAUAAUCACGUAACCCACCUCAGGCUUGACUUGCAGGACUGGCUCUAUCACAUUCACAGGUUUUCCCAUUUGUUUUUUCCUCUUUUUCUGUCUCAGAGCACAUCACCCAAGCAUCAUCCUUUUGCUCUUUAGUCUGGCUUCUCUGCUCUCAGAUUAGACCUCAGGCUUCAAAAAUCUGAGUAUUAAACAGAUUUUCUCAGCAAUUUUGCAAUCUCUGUUUCUGCUAGCCCAGGCUAGCCAGCCUCCUCCUCCCUGCCCUACUGUUCUGUCAAUAGGAACAUCAUUUGGAGAUUCAAGACCCAGGAACAAACAGACUUUCUGGGUGUUACCUAGGGAACCUUACCUGCUAAUGCUCUGCAGACUGCUUGCUUCAGCAGGUGUCCACUUCUGUCUGGGCCUUUCAGCUAUCCCCCAUUUCUACCUAGAGAGAGAAGCUCUUUCCACACAGCCAGAAAUUUUGUUGCUGUGUUCUUGCCUUGGCCCUCAAAGACAGGGUGCUUGGCAUUAUCUUUCCACUGCCCUCAAGGAUUUAUGAAAAAAUGGGUUAUUUUGAGCCAUUGCCGGUUGUUUCAUAGUCAUCUGUGAAAACUAUGUUAAAUUAUCAUAUCCCAGUCAUAUCCCAAUAUGCAGGCUGAAUCACAGCAUUUAUAAUUUAUUACUCCAGAGCAGCUCUGCUUCCAUUACAGUGACUAAGAAAAACAGAGGGACAGAACUAAAGCAGGUCAAAGAAAGAUGUUCAACUGGGAUGUGCAGUUUCACUCCAUUUUUACCUUAAAAUAAAGUUCAUGAUCCUGAAGAUU